CUGGGCUAAAAUUGAAAUGCUAACUGAGAUUUAGCCAUUUCAGGUACAGCUUUUAAUAUACUCAAAAACUGAGAGAUGAAACUGAAUCUAACCUCAAAGCUGAGGGGCCAACUCAGUGAUUUACACUAAAAUAAAAUAAAAGCUUCCAUUCAUUUCCUUCUCAUUCCACAUCUUCUUCCAGGCUUCUUGUGCAGGAACAUGCAAAUCAACACCACAUCCUCCUCUUUCUAAAAUCUAAAACCUCACACAAACAGACAUAAAUACACAUCUCCAAUGCUACAGAGCCUACAAAACAACCAACAUCGAUCGUUUAUUCCUUUAAUUCCCCUCCUUGAACCCAUCGUUAUAUUCUUUACGUUGGACCUAAAUAAAACCAUCACCACCUUCCCACCUUUGAAUGAUUAGGAAAAAUUAAACAACCCUUUAAUUUCUUCUUUUUGCUUCACGUUUUCUCCAUUUCUUUUCGCACCUGCAGAAAUGAAGCUCCCAUCAUGGAUAUCAUCAUCGUGUUCCUCCGAAACAGCAACUUCCAUAGCAAAACACUCCAUGAUUAAUAGUAUUCCGGCUCAAAAAUCUGUUCUGUUUUCAGAUUCAAGCAGUUUUUCCGACAUUAAUCAAGGCAACGGAUCAUCAUCAUCAUCAUCAUGUUCUUCAACCUCACAAGACUCAAGCGAUAGUAAUAGCAGCCUGCAGAGCAGUCUAUCCAUCGCCACUCACCCAUCCAUCCCAUCCCUCCAAAAGCUCUCCCCUGAAUCCUUCAACCUCUCCGUCAAAACCCUCUCCAUUACAUCCCUCAAAAGCCCCGAAAACGCCGCCAUCGUCAACUCCCUCCAAGUCCACGACAACCUCCUCUUCGCCGUGUCCGGCAGCCAAGUCAGUGUCUUCGAUGUUAACAACAAUCUCCAACUCCUCCACACUUUCAACAACCCUCAUAACAAGAAGGAACCUUCUCCUUCUUCUUCUUCUCCACGUGGGUCCAUUAAAUCUCUAGCCUUUAUUGAUGGGAAAAUCUUCACCGCCCAUCAAGACUGUAAAAUCCGUGCUUGGGAAUUAAAACCAAAGCAACAACAGUACUACAAGCAGAUUGCCACACUCCCGACAAUGGAGGAUUUCUUCAGGAAUUUCAUAUUACCAAAGAAUUACAUCAAAGUCCGGCGUCACAAGAAGAAAUUGUGGGUCCAACAUUUCGAUGCGGUCUCAAGCUUAGCCGUGGAUAAUAAUAAUUUGUUGUACUCUGUUUCUUGGGACAAAUAUUUGAAGAUUUGGAGUGGGAAAGAUUUCCGUUGCCUGGAAUCAAUCAAAGCCCACGACGACGCCAUUAACGCCAUCGUUGUAUCUCACGACGGUUUAGUUUAUACGGGGUCUGCGGAUAAGAAGAUUAAAGUUUGGGGGAAGCCGUUAGGGGAGAAGAAGAACGUUUUGAUUGCGACUCUGGAGAAGCACAAAUCGGCGGUGAAUGCGUUGGCGUUGAGUUCGGACGGGUCGGUUUUGUUCUCCGGGUCGAAUGACCGAUCCAUAUUGGUUUGGGAAAAGGAGGACAGUGCGAAUCAUAUGGUGGUCUCGGGUGCAUUGAGGGGUCACGGUAAGGCCAUCCUGUGCUUGAUCCAUGUGUCGGAUUUGUUGUUCAGUGGAUCCGCUGAUCGUACGGUUAGGAUUUGGCAUCGGGCUUUUGACGGACGUUAUUGUUGUUUGACGGUGUUGGAGGGGCAUGCUAAGCCGGUGAGAUCCUUGGCGGCGGCUGAGGGCGAGGUUGGUGGUGGGAUGACGGUGUUUAGUGGGAGUUUUGACGGGGAGAUUAAGGUUUGGAAGGUUGUGGUUUCGUCCGAUUUGAAAACAAGCGAAGAAUCUGAGGACUACUGAAGCGAUGAAAUCCAGGGCCGGAGAUUAAGAAAAAAAAAAGAAGACAAAAAGAAUAAAAUAGUUAGCUUUCGUGUAUUAGAGACAGACAAUAUUGUUCUAUUUUGCAUGUAUAGACUUUUGGUACACGAAAACUUGACCUUGUUUUUUUUCUGUGGUUGAGUGUUUCUUUUAAUUCAAAUUUAUAUAUCAUUAAACUGAUUUUUAUGUACAUAUUCGUUUUUCUUCUCAAACUUAGAUUUUGUGUGUUAUAUAUAUAUAUAUCUCUUAUAUGAAUUUAAA